GCGGCGGCGUCAGCUGACCGCGGGUCACGUGACCCGCCGGCGGGUGAGCGGGCGGCGGCGCCGGGGAUGGAGCAGUGACGGUCAGCGGCUCCGUGGGGAGCGAAGGCAGCGCCCCCCGCUCCCGGUGCCAGCCCCAGAUCGCCUCCGCACAAGCCUGGGGAUUCUCCGUUGUGAAAUCUCCCCGGCUUCCUCGUUGUGGUCGGUUCUGUUUGUGAAACGUGGAGGCCAAGCGCCAGAAGUGAUUUCUGAAAGCGAGUGACACUACUUGAAGAAGUGACACCUUGGGUACUUAGUGCUAAGUCCCAUCAGUAAAUUGAGCUUUCCUACUGAGCUAAAUAGAWCAUAUUGCCUUUAUCUUCAGAAACAGAAAACAUCAAGAUAAAGGCAAAAAAAUGACCGAAUUUUGGCUGAUUUCUGCUCCUGGGGAAAAAACCUGUCAACAGACAUGGGAGAAGCUACAUGCAGCAACCACAAAACAUAACAAUCUUUCUACUAAUUCAAAGUUCAAUAUUCCGGACUUGAAGGUUGGCACACUGGAUGUUUUGGUUGGUUUGUCAGAUGAGCUGGCUAAACUGGAUGCAUUUGUGGAGAGUGUUGUAAAGAAGGUGGCCCAAUAUAUGGCUGAUGUUCUAGAAGACAGUAAAGAUAAAGUUCAGGAGAAUCUUCUGGCUAAUGGAGUUGACUUGGUCACCUAUAUAACAAGGUUCCAGUGGGAUAUGGCCAAAUACCCAAUCAAGCAAUCCUUGAAGAAUAUUUCAGAAAUUAUUGCAAAGGGAGUAAACCAGAUUGACAAUGAUCUAAAAGCAAGAGCCUCGGCAUACAAUAAUCUGAAAGGGAAUCUUCAGAAUCUGGAAAGAAAGAAUGCGGGAAGCUUGCUAACCAGAAGUCUUGCGGAUAUUGUAAAGAARGAGGACUUUGUACUUGAUUCAGAAUACUUGGUCACAUUAUUAGUGAUUGUACCGAAGUUAAAUUAUAAUGACUGGGUUAAGCAGUAUGAAACACUAGCAGAGAUGGUUGUACCACGUUCCAGCAAUGUACUCUUUGAGGACCAAGACAGUUACCUUUGUAAUGUCACCUUGUUCAGGAAGGCAGUGGAUGACUUCAAGCACAAAGCCAGAGAAUAUAAAUUUAUGGUCCGUGACUUCCAGUACAAUGAGGAAGAAAUGAAAGCUGAUAAAGAAGAAAUGAAUAGACUGUCAACUGACAAGAAGAAACAGUUUGGGCCUCUGGUUCGGUGGCUGAAAGUUAAUUUCAGUGAAGCUUUCAUUGCAUGGAUUCAUGUGAAAGCAUUACGUGUUUUUGUUGAAUCUGUUUUAAGGUAUGGUUUGCCAGUUAACUUCCAGGCAAUGUUACUUCAGCCUAAUAAGAAAACAAUGAAGAAACUGAGGGAGGUUCUGUAUGACUUAUACAAACAUCUUGACAGCAGUGCAGCAGCUAUCAUUGAUGCAACUAUGGAUAUUCCAGGYUUAAACCUCAGCCAGCAGGAGUACUACCCAUAUGUGUACUACAAGAUCGAUUGUAAUUUGCUGGAAUUCAAGUAAAAGUUCCCUAACAUGACAAUCUUCUCAGUGUUGGUGUAAACAAACAGAAGUGAGGUCGAAGUACAGUAAUACUUUUAACAUUCUACUAAUCAUAUGCUUGCUUCUUAUGUUAGGUGAAUUGAACACACCGUGGUCCAUCUCUAGACAUCUUCUUUUUAAAGAGCAGUGUAGGUAAUCAGCUUUUAAUCGACUAUGUCUGUAAAUGUAUAUUGAGAGAAUUGAAGUAUUUAUAAACAGAGUGAUUUAUUUAAGAAAAAGCUUAUCCCUCUUUCAUAUGGUGGUCUGUGUUAAUUCAAUUUACCAUUGUUUAUAAAACAACUUGUUUACAGAAGAAUAGUGUAAAUGUUCAUGGCCAUUUUGUUCAUUUGAUUUAGUAGAUAAAACUGUGUUAAUGUUGUUGAACUGUGAUGUAAAGUAUGUAAAAUUGGUCUGAAAUCGUGCUUUCUGAAUGGUUUAAAAUUACAAUUUAUGCACUGUAAACACAGGGAAAAAUAAACAUACCUGUGCAAAUGUGUCAUUUUCUUGUACCACAUGAAAUUGCAGAUGCUUGUGUUUAAACUGAGGCAAUGUAUUAAGUCUUUAACAGUGCUGCAACCUGCCUGAACUGG